GGGUUAGAGGUGUUUGCAAAUGGCGCCUCUCCUGGAGUAUGAGAACCAAGUGUUCCUGGACUUGUUCCAUGAAGACGGCUUGGUGAUCACUGGCCGCGGAUUGGGGAUCGAUAGGAUCCUGCAGAACUUUCUGAAGCUGUACUGCGAUCCGGGGAACCUGGUGCUGGUGUUAAAUACUGAUACAGCAGAGGAGGUGAUAAUACAGCAUCCUGGCAGCUCUGUGUGCAUGGUAUCACUGACAGCUUCCAUAUGGCACUCCAACUCCUGGGGACUACAGCUCCCAUGAUGCUCAGCCAACUGUGUGGCUGAACGUCAUGGGAGAGGUUCUCUGCAAUAGCUGGCCAGAGGUCAACCAAAACCAGUACAUCAGACACAGAGAGCACCAGUUACUAACAAUCACAUCAGACACAGACAGCACCAGUUACUAACAAUCACAUCAGACACAGACAGCACCAGUUACUAACAAUCACAUCAGAUACAGACAGCACCAGUUACUAACAAUCACACCAGACACAGACAGCACCAGUUACUAACAAUCACAUCAGACACAGAGAGCACCAGUUUCUAACAAUCACAUCAGACACAGAGAGCACCAGUUUCUAACAAUCACAUCAGACACAGACAGCACCAGUUACUAACAAUCACAUCAGACACAGAGAGCACCAGUUACUAACAAUCACAUCAGACACAGACAGCACCAGUUACUAACAAUCACAUCAGACACAGAGAGUACCAGUUACUAACAAUCCCAUCAGACACAGAGAGUACCAGUUACUAAUAAUCCCAUCAGACACAGAGAGCACCAGUUACUAAUAAUCCCAUCAGACACAGAGAGCACCAGUUACUAACAAUCACAUCAGACACAGAGAGCACCAGUUACUAACAAUCACAUCAGACACAGAGAGAACCAGUUACUAACAAUCACAUCAGACACAGAGAGAACCAGUUACUAACAAUCACAUCAGACACAGAGAGUACCAGUUACUAAUAAUCACAUCAGACACAGAGAGCACCAGUUACUAACAAUCCCAUCAGACACAGAGAGCACCAGUUACUAACAAUCACAUCAGACACAGAGAGUACCAGUUACUAAUAAUCACAUCAGACACAGACAGCACCAGUCACUAACAAUCACAUCAGACACAGAGAGUACCAGUUACUAACAAUCACAUCAGACACAGACAGCACCAGUUACUAACAAUCACAUCAGACACAGACAGCACCAGUUACUAACAAUCCCAUCAGACACAGACAGCACCAGUUACUAACAAUCCCAUCAGACACAGACAGCACCAGUUACUAACAAUCACAUCAGACACAGAGAGUACCAGUUACUAACAAUCACAUCAGACGCAGAGAGUACCAGUUACUAACAAUCACAUCAGACACAGAGAGCACCAGUUACUAACAAUCACAUCAGACACAGAGAGUACCAGUUACUAAUAAUCCCAUCAGACACAGAGAGUACCAGUUACUAACAAUCACAUCAGACACAGAGAGUACCAGUUACUAACAAUCCCAUCAGACACAGAGAGUACCAGUUACUAACAAUCCCAUCAGACACAGAGAGCACCAGUUUCUAACAAUCCCAUCAGACACAGAGAGCACCAGUUUCUAACAAUCCCAUCAGACACAGAGAGCACCAGUUUCUAACAAUCACAUCAGACACAGAGAGUACCAGUUACUAACAAUCCCAUCAGACACAGAGAGUACCAGUUACUAACAAUCACAUCAGACACAGAGAGUACCAGUUACUAAUAAUCACAUCAGACACAGACAGCACCAGUCACUAACAAUCACAUCAGACACAGAGAGUACCAGUUACUAAAAAUCACAUCAGACACAGAGAGCACCAGUUACUAACAAUCACAUCAGACACAGAGAGCACCAGUUACUAACAAUCACAUCAGACACAGACAGCACCAGUUACUAACAAUCCCAUCAGACACAGACAGCACCAGUUACUAACAAUCCCAUCAGACACAGACAGCACCAGUUACUAACAAUCACAUCAGACACAGACAGCACCAGUUACUAACAAUCACAUCAGACACAGAGAGUACCAGUUACUAACAAUCACAUCAGACACAGAGAGCACCAGUUACUAACAAUCACAUCAGACACAGAGAGCACCAGUUACUAAUAAUCCCAUCAGACACAGAGAGUACCAGUUACUAAUAAUCCCAUCAGACACAGAGCGUACCAGUUACUAACAAUCACAUCAGACACAGAGAGUACCAGUUACUAACAAUCCCAUCAGACACAGAGAGCACCAGUUUCUAACAAUCCCAUCAGACACAGAGAGCACCAGUUUCUAACAAUCACAUCAGACACAGAGAGUACCAGUUACUAACAAUCCCAUCAGACACAGAGAGUACCAGUUACUAACAAUCCCAUCAGACACAGAGAGUACCAGUUACUAAUAAUCCCAUCAGACACAGAGAGUACCAGUUACUAACAAUCCCAUCAGACACAGAGAGUACCAGUUACUAACAAUCACAUCAGACACAGAGAGUACCAGUUACUAACAAUCACAUCAGACACAGAGAGUACCAGUUACUAACAAUCACAUCAGACACAGAGAGCACCAGUUACUAACAAUCACAUCAGACACAGAGAGCACCAGUUACUAACAAUCACAUCAGACACAGAGAGUACCAGUUACUAACAAUCCCAUCAGACACAGAGAGUACCAGUUACUAAUAAUCCCAUCAGACACAGAGAGCACCAGUUACUAAUAAUCCCAUCAGACACAGAGAGCACCAGUUACUAACAAUCACAUCAGACACAGAGAGCACCAGUUACUAACAAUCACAUCAGACACAGAGAGAACCAGUUACUAACAAUCACAUCAGACACAGAGAGAACCAGUUACUAACAAUCACAUCAGACACAGAGAGUACCAGUUACUAAUAAUCACAUCAGACACAGAGAGCACCAGUUACUAACAAUCCCAUCAGACACAGAGAGCACCAGUUACUAACAAUCACAUCAGACACAGAGAGUACCAGUUACUAAUAAUCACAUCAGACACAGACAGCACCAGUCACUAACAAUCACAUCAGACACAGAGAGUACCAGUUACUAACAAUCACAUCAGACACAGACAGCACCAGUUACUAACAAUCACAUCAGACACAGACAGCACCAGUUACUAACAAUCCCAUCAGACACAGACAGCACCAGUUACUAACAAUCCCAUCAGACACAGACAGCACCAGUUACUAACAAUCACAUCAGACACAGAGAGUACCAGUUACUAACAAUCACAUCAGACGCAGAGAGUACCAGUUACUAACAAUCACAUCAGACACAGAGAGCACCAGUUACUAACAAUCACAUCAGACACAGAGAGUACCAGUUACUAAUAAUCCCAUCAGACACAGAGCGUACCAGUUACUAACAAUCACAUCAGACACAGAGAGUACCAGUUACUAACAAUCCCAUCAGACACAGAGAGUACCAGUUACUAACAAUCCCAUCAGACACAGAGAGCACCAGUUUCUAACAAUCCCAUCAGACACAGAGAGCACCAGUUUCUAACAAUCCCAUCAGACACAGAGAGCACCAGUUUCUAACAAUCACAUCAGACACAGAGAGUACCAGUUACUAACAAUCCCAUCAGACACAGAGAGUACCAGUUACUAACAAUCACAUCAGACACAGAGAGUACCAGUUACUAAUAAUCACAUCAGACACAGACAGCACCAGUCACUAACAAUCACAUCAGACACAGAGAGUACCAGUUACUAAAAAUCACAUCAGACACAGAGAGCACCAGUUACUAACAAUCCCAUCAGACACAGACAGCACCAGUUACUAACAAUCCCAUCAGACACAGACAGCACCAGUUACUAACAAUCCCAUCAGACACAGACAGCACCAGUUACUAACAAUCACAUCAGACACAGAGAGUACCAGUUACUAACAAUCACAUCAGACGCAGAGAGUACCAGUUACUAACAAUCACAUCAGACACAGAGAGCACCAGUUACUAACAAUCACAUCAGACACAGAGAGUACCAGUUACUAAUAAUCCCAUCAGACACAGAGCGUACCAGUUACUAACAAUCACAUCAGACACAGAGAGUACCAGUUACUAACAAUCCCAUCAGACACAGAGAGCACCAGUUUCUAACAAUCCCAUCAGACACAGAGAGCACCAGUUUCUAACAAUCCCAUCAGACACAGAGAGCACCAGUUUCUAACAAUCACAUCAGACACAGAGAGUACCAGUUACUAACAAUCCCAUCAGACACAGAGAGUACCAGUUACUAACAAUCCCAUCAGACACAGAGAGUACCAGUUACUAAUAAUCCCAUCAGACACAGAGAGUACCAGUUACUAACAAUCCCAUCAGACACAGAGAGUACCAGUUACUAACAAUCACAUCAGACACAGAGAGUACCAGUUACUAACAAUCACAUCAGACACAGAGAGUACCAGUUACUAACAAUCACAUCAGACACAGAGAGCACCAGUUACUAACAAUCACAUGAGACACAGAGAGCACCAGUUACUAACAAUCACAUGAGACAGAGAGAGCACCAGUUACUAACAAUUCCACCAGAAACAGAGAGUACCAGUUACUAACAAUCCCAUCAGACACAGAGAGUACCAGUUACUAACAAUCCCAUCAGACACCGUUUUCAUUGUUCUUCUGUAACAGAAAAAAAACCUGCAGAUAAAAUGUUGCAGCGACUCCUUGUUUAUAUAUAUAUUAAAAAAAAAAAAAAAAAAAAAUGUAAAAUGAUAUUCAAUGCUUAGGGUUGCUAUUGCCAGACCUUGGUUAGUUAACUUAAGCCACAGUUUUGUCUUGUGGAUUAUAGUUUACUGCAACUCUGAGUUUUGCUGUGUACUUAUUGUUAUUGGGAUUACUAAAUAUUUUUUAAUGAAUCUAUUUUUUACUGUAGGUGACAUUGGAAGAAGUCCCAGUAUAUGUACUGUUUUUAAGCAUUUGCAUUUGAGAUUAGUUUACGAUCCUCUUAUUAAUGUUUUUUUUUUUUAAAUUAAUUUUUGUUGUGUUUUUGUUUGUUUAAAAGGAUGAUGGACUUAUUUACUACUUAAUGGACCACUCUAGGCACCCAGACCACUUCAGCUUAAUGAAGUGGUCUGGGUGCCAGGUCCAGAUAGGAUUAACCCAUUUUUUCAUAAACAUAGCAGUUUCAGAGAAACUGCUAUGUUUAUGAAUGGGUUAAGCCUUCCCCUAUUUCCUCUAGUGGCUGUCUCAUGACAGCCACUAGAGGCGCUUGCGUGCUUCUCACUGUGAUUUUCACAGUGAGAGCACGCCAGCGUCCAUAGGAAAGCAUUAUGAAUGCUUUCCUAUGUGACUGGCUGAAUGCGCGCGCACCCUCAGGGCACUAUAAUGCCAGGAAAACGAGUAUGUUUUCCUGGCACUAUAGUGGUCCUUUAAAACGUUGCACCUGACAGUGAUAUAGACAAUUCUACAAACCAUUUCAUAUACAAGUUUAAAAAUGCAAGAGUAUAAAGAUGAAUGUCUUCUUUUGCAGGAAUACCUUAUAGAACAGCUACGUUCUGAAGGUGUUACCCAUCUACCACGCAUUAUCACCAAUGAGAUUGUCAGCAGUGAACGCUAUGAUGUCUACACACAAGGUGGAGUCUUAUUUGUCACUAGCCGAAUUCUUGUGGUGGAUUUCCUUACUGACAGAAUUCCUGCAAACCUAGUAUCUGGUAAGUAAUGCAUUAAACAGUGGCACUAUUAUAUCAUUAAUUGAUUCUGGUGAUAUUCCCUUCUGGAAUAUGUGAAGGCCACCCAAAGAUUAACCUUUUUUUUUUUUAUAUAUAUAUAUUUCUCAGUUUAUGAUUAUAUGGGGCGUUUAUCACUCAAAGAGGAAUAGACACUUUACCUUACAUUCUGCACUUUGUUUACCCCACACAAUUUUGCUAUUUCACAAUGUGUGAAGCAGGCAGGACCAAGAUGUAAGAUCAAAUCCCUGCCUCUUCCCACACUGCUGGGGUUCCGGUACAAGUUAGUCAUACCUCAUCCUGGGAAUUAUGACAGUGGAUGCAUAUGCAGCUAUGGUGUAGAGGGGAGCAAAAGUAAACUACAAUGUGGGUCUCUUUUUAACCUGGGCUCACAAAUAUAAAUAUAAGAAAAUGAUUCUGGGACAUUUGAAGUGGUCUGUUAAUCUCCCUAACCAGCUCACAGCUAACGUGCCUGCCACUGGUUAGUGCAAUGUUGCUACACUCAGGCAUGUAGAGAUAAACCUGGUAUGAGUGUAUGCACUCUCCAUCUUUACUUCUCUUGUGCCGUGUGCAUACUGCACACACAGUUGUGCUGCAUUGCAGGGGUUAAUUUAUUUGACAUAGACUACCCAUACAGAAACACUAUCUAGUGAUUUAAAAAAAAUAUCUAGCACUUACCACAGCUAACUUUUAGUUAGCUAUCUGCUGGUGUAAAUAGCUCACAAUUUACACUAAAAAAAAAAAAAAAAAAUACUUGUUAGUUGCAUGUAAGGAAAGCAUGCUAUUUUUCUGAGUAAACCUGCAUUUAUAGCAGAGUAAUGGUCUGUCUCAAUGUCUGCAUUUUCAUGAUUGCAGGUAUCCUGGUGUAUAAAGCACACAAGAUUAUAGAGUCCUGCCAGGAGGCAUUUAUACUCCGCUUGUACCGACAGAAGAACAAGCAAGGUUUCAUCAAAGCCUUUACAGACAAUCCGAUUGCAUUCAACAUGGGAUUCUGCCAAGUGGAGAGAGUAAUGAGAAAUUUAUUUGUGAGGAAACUUUAUCUAUGGCCACGGUAUGUUUUGACAGAUUCCCAGUGUUUUUUUUUAAAGAUAUAUGCUUAAAAUGUUGGGUUUACACCAAGUGUGGCGAACAGACAUUUUGCACUUUCCAAUUAACCAUUUGGGGGUAUGCAGCACACAUAAAAACCCAUUGCUCUAAAAUGAAAAAAGCAGUUGGUAGUGCAGUAUUGGUACGUAGAAUACAAUUAGCUGCAGACAAAUGCAUUGCAGAAUCCUUGCAUAAUAUUGGCUGUUAUUUUCCUACUUCUGAGUAUCAUGGCCUCUCAUGUGACGUGUAUAGUGAGUUAAGGAAAAACCAUUCACCAAUAAUAAACUUAAUGUAAUCUUAAACUUAAAAUAACAUUGGGCUUGUUUCCCUGCUGCUUGCCACUAAUUGUCUAAGUUAGUAAUUCUCCGCACAAGCUAAACCAGGUAGUGUUCACCGUAAUCUAUUCUGUGUGGUUAUGAAAGGGAGACCUGAGAGGCAGGUAGAGCAGCACGUGACUGCCCAUAAAGUGUUGUGAUGUACUAGCUGGGUGCAUUGUGUGAACCUAUAUUGACACCUAUGAUUUGUUAGAUAAGGCGCUGCUUCAGCAGUGUAUUCUCGAUAAGAGUGAGGUUUCCAGGCUCUGGCUUGUUAUACUCCUAACCACGAGGGCAGUGGGGGUGGGGCGAAGAGGUAGGUACCUAAGACAAACAAAACAAAGCCAUGAAGUCAUUACACACACCAUUUUUUCCUAAACUCUUAUCGUUUGAUUUGUAUACAAACUACGUGUGAAAUGGUUCUAGGGCAUGUGAAUAGUACUUGGAUCAUAUUUAAAGGGUUAUUUCAAGCACCAUGGCCACUUCAUUGAUUCGAAGUGCUUGUAGUCUGUACGUGCAGCAUUUCACUAUGAAACACUGAACAUACAGAGAUAUUUAAUGUUACUGCUAGAGGCAAUUACCGAAUGCUCAGCAUCCUACAGGGACCCAGUUAAGUUUUCCAAUUACUAGGGAACGGUGUCAGGAUGCUCCUAGCCCUUCAGCGGGCUGUAGUGUUUAUGAUGCUUAGAAUACAUGCCCCUUACCUAGCAUUCCUGAUAUAUUUUAUUCAUCAGAUAUUUAGUAUAGUGUACUCCAUAAUAUUUUUUUUUACGUUAACAUUACAUGUGCAUACUAUGUUUGUUUUAGUAUUAGUAUUUGAGUUAACUUUUGCAAAGUUUAAUUAUCCGUAGAAAGUAUUAAUACUUUCCCUACUCUGUAGUGCCUACUGCAAGGCAAAAAACAUUGCAACAUAUGUAUGUAGUCACUGCUGUUUUUCCUUCCAGGUUCCACAUAUCUGUGAAUUCUUUCUUAGAGAAGCAUAAACCUGAAGUAGUAGAGCUGCACAUCUCCAUGACCCCUGCCAUGCUUGCUAUUCAAGCUUCAAUAUUGGACAUUAUGAAUGCUUGUCUGAAAGAACUCAAGCGCUACAACCCAGCUCUAGAGGUGGAGGAUUUAUCUUUGGAAAGUGCCAUUGGCAAAGCAUUUGACAAGGUGUUUGUUUCUUUAUUAUUGAUAAUAGUUAUUAUAAUUCGGUAAGUCACUCAUGUGAGAACCGUCCGUAAUUUAAAAUGAGAUUCAAAUUUUAAAUGGCCACUACAGGCAUCAAAACAAAUUUAGCUUAAUGAAGCAGUUUUGGUAUAUAGAUCUGAUGUCUCAUGGCUCGAUUUUAGGUUAAAUCACUUUUGCUUCUGCUUGUGCAGCCCUAGACACACCUUUACUGGCUGUGACUAACACAGCCUGCAUGAAAUCAAAAUGGUGUCAUUUUCAGUCAGAUGUAACUUACUGAAAAAGUUUUAACCAUCUACUCUUUAAAUUAAACUUUAAUUACACACAAGAGGCUCUUGCAGGGUCUUUAACCCCUUAAGGACACAUGACAUGUCAUGAUUCCCUUUUAUUCCAGAAGUUUGAUCCUUAAGGGGUUAAGGCUAUUAACAGAACAGGAGAUACAACAUUCUUAUUUAAGCAGACUGCUAUAGAGGAAGUGUAAACAUUACAUGUUUCUGUACAGGAAGUGUUUAGGAAGGAUGUUCAAGUCUCAUGCAGGGAGGAGUGACUAGGGGUGUAUAAAUAAAGUGAUUUAAAUCUCCUAAGUGGCAGAGAAUUGAGCAGUGAAACUGGGGGGCAUGAUCUAUACACCAAAACUGCUUUGUUAAGCUAAAGUGGUUUGGGUGCCUAUGGUGUUCCUUUAAAGCCAAAAGGAAACAUUCUUCAAGUCUGCUUUCCUACCAGUACAGCUGCUAUGGCCUUUAAUUUGUCAUUUGCCUUGAAUUCCUAACAAUAGUCACUUUAGUGAAUAACCAUGUAAACAUCUAUAUGUUCUUAAUGGAUCACUCUAAGCAUCUUUACAAAUUUGCCUAAUUGUUGAGUUGAUGGUGCAAAGGGCACCCUACACUCAGCUCCUUGAAUGGUGUAGUACUGAAGUCAUUUGUAAACAUACAGCCUCUUUGAUAUCAGUUUUCUCCAAGUUGUGCUUGCAAUUAUAUUUUUAUUUCUUUAUCUGCACUUUCAUAUCUGUGGAUGGUUUACAUUUAAAAAAAACAUAAAACAAAAAAAACCACACUCAAAUAAUACCUUUCACAAAAUGUUUUCUAAUGGAGAAAGCAGCCAAAUUAAUUACAGUGGAACCUCGGAACUCAAACUUAAUCCCUUCCAGAAGGCUGUUCGAGUUCCGAUUUGUUGGAAAACCAAAUCAACAUUUUCAAUAAGAAUUAAUGUAAAUCGGAAUAAUCCGUUCCAGACCCCCAGAAUUACAGCAUUUUAAUAAAAAAAUUAAUAAUGCCUUACAUGCAUACAAUCAAAUAGAAAAUAAAUAAUAAACACAAUGUACAGUAAAUAAAAAGAAAAUGUAACUUCACUUUAUCUGUAAUGAUGAGAGUUGAUGGUGUAAGUGGAAAAGAGAAUAAAUAUGAUUGGUUGGAUGGGGAUAGGUAACUGUUCUAACAUUUAAAAUGUGUCUAACGUGAGACAUAGCUUUAUAAUGGAACAUGUUUGUGGCAUGAUUUGUUCGUGUACUGAGAAUCGUUCGUGUAUCUAGCCAUUUUUUUUUUUAAUUGAAUUUUUUUGUUCAACUACCAAAUUGUUUGGGUAAGGGACCGUUUCAGUUCCGAGGUUCCACUCUAUUGUGAAUUUUCUGUCCAGUGUAAUAUUUUGCUCAAUAAUGAAUUUUGACACACUUAGCAAAUUAUUGAUUAUGUCAAGCUAAAGUUUCACUAAUCUUCCUUUCCCCAGACUAUCCGCCAUUACUUGGAUCCACUAUGGCAUCAGCUUGGAGCCAAGACAAAGUCUUUGGUUCAAGAUUUAAAGAUUCUUCGCACACUCUUACAAUACCUUUCCCAGUAUGACUGUGUGACUUUUUUAAACCUUCUAGAAUCAAUGAGGGCAAGUGAAAAGGCAUUUGGGCAAAAUUCAGGUAAAUAAAGUGCACUUGAAACAAAUAGUAUUUAUACAUUAUGAACAGUUCUUCCUUUUCCCCCACAUAUUUGUGUUUAUAAAAGAUAUACACAUUAUUGCAUAAAAUAUUUUUUAUGACAUAGAAUAAAGACAUUCAGAGCUCUGCACAGCUGUCUACCCACAGACCUCCAUUAACCACUGCUAGAACGCUUCUAUAAUCAUUUUAUUUUUUUACGUGUGUGUGUGUGUGUGUGUAUGUAUGUAUGUACAGGGAGUGCAGAAUUAUUAGGCAAGUUGUAUUUUUGAGGAUUAAUUUUAUUAUUGAACAACAACCAUGUUCUCAAUGAACCCAAAAAACUCAUUAAUAUCAAAGCUGAAUAUUUUUGGAAGUAGUUUUUAGUUUGUUUUUAGUUAUAGCUAUGUUAGGGGGAUAUCUGUGUGUGCAGGUGACUAUUACUGUGCAUAAUUAUUAGGCAACUUAACAAAAAACAAAUAUAUACCCAUUUCAAUUAUUUAUUAUUACCAGUGAAACCAAUAUAACAUCUCAACAUUCACAAAUAUACAUUUCUGACAUUCAAAAACAAAACAAAAACAAAUCAGUGACCAAUAUAGCCACCUUUCUUUGCAAGGACACUCAAAAGCCUGCCAUCCAUGGAUUCUGUCAGUGUUUUGAUCUGUUCACCAUCAACAUUGCGUGCAGCAGCAACCACAGCCUCCCAGACACUGUUCAGAGAGGUGUACUGUUUUCCCUCCUUGUAAAUCUCACAUUUGAUGAUGGACCACAGGUUCUCAAUGGGGUUCAGAUCAGGUGAACAAGGAGGCCAUGUCAUUAGAUUUUCUUCUUUUAUACCCUUUCUUGCCAGCCACGCUGUGGAGUACUUGGACGCGUGUGAUGGAGCAUUGUCCUGCAUGAAAAUCAUGUUUUUCUUGAAGGAUGCAGACUUCUUCCUGUACCACUGCUUGAAGAAGGUGUCUUCCAGGAACUGGCAGUAGGACUGGGAGUUGAGCUUGACUCCAUCCUCAACCCAAAAGGCCCCACAAGCUCAUCUUUGAUGAUACCAGCCCAAACCAGUACUCCACCUCCACCUUGCUGGCGUCUGAGUCGGACUGGAGCUCUCUGCCCUUUACCAAUCCAGCCACGGGCCCAUCCAUCUGGCCCAUCAAGACUCACUCUCAUUUCAUCAGUCCAUAAAACCUUAGAAAAAUCAGUCUUGAGAUAUUUCUUGGCCCAGUCUUGACGUUUCAGCUUGUGUGUCUUGUUCAGUGGUGGUCGUCUUUCAGCCUUUCUUACCUUGGCCAUGUCUCUGAGUAUUGCACACCUUGUGCUUUUGGGCACUCCAGUGAUGUUGCAGCUCUGAAAUAUGGCCAAACUGGUGGCAAGUGGCAUCGUGGCAGCUGCACGCUUGACUUUUCUCAGUUCAUGGGCAGUUAUUUUGCGCCUUGGUUUUUCCACACGCUUCUUGCGACCCUGUUGACUAUUUUGAAUGAAACGCUUGAUUGUUCGAUGAUCACGCUUCAGAAGCUUUGCAAUUUUAAGAGUGCUGCAUCCCUCUGCAAGAUAUCUCACUAUUUUUGACUUUUCUGAGCCUGUCAAGUCCUUCUUUUGACCCAUUUUGCCAAAGGAAAGGAAGUUGCCUAAUAAUUAUGCACACCUGAUAUAGGGUGUUGAUGUCAUUAGACCACACCCCUUCUCAUUACAGAGAUGCACAUCACCUAAUAUGCUUAAUUGGUAGUAGGCUUUCGAGCCUAUACAGCUUGGAGUAAGACAACAUGCAUAAAGAGGAUGAUGUGGUCAAAAUACUCAUUUGCCUAAUAAUUCUGCACUCCCUGUAUAUAUGUAAUAGAAAAUACAUGUAAAUUGGAGGAUGUGAAGAAUUUUUGAACAUGCCUUGUUUAAUUGCUAGUUUCUAGUUAGUGCUGGUUUUAAAUGGUUACUCCAAGCAGGAUGACCACAUCACUGAUUUGAAGUGGUCAUGGUGCUGGGAGUCUGUAUGUGCAGCAUUUAUCUAUGAAAUGCUGCACAUACAGAGUUUAACCCCUUUGCUGCCUUAGGUGUAACUCCACCUCUGACCGUGUUAUUGGGGCAUCAUAGCACCAAGCUGGCUAAUGUCAAUUCUGUGCAUAUCUCUAUGCACGUAGUUGCAUGCAUUGGCUGAGAGCAGUCAGCUGACUCUCUCAGCCAGUGAAUGACAUAUGGCUUCUGUAGCUCUGCAGAACUUGGAUGCAAGUUACCCUGGACAUUCAGAACCCUUUUAAAAAUAUAUAUAUAUUUUUGUAUAUGUGUGUGGUUUUUUUUUUUUUCUUUUUUUUUUUUUCUAAUUUUCUUGCAUAUAAUUAAAGGAACACUAUAGGGUCAAGAACACACAUGAUAGUGUUAAAACCACCAUCUAGCCCCCCCCCCCCCCUACGUUUAGUAAAAUUUAGUCUGCUGCUCCUGCUGGCUCUGCCCCUGAUCUGUCUGCUUGGCUGACAUCAUCCGCAGUUAGUCUCUCAGCCAAUCACAAUGCAGAUACACAGCUGACCUCCAUUCAAAUGUACCAGUUUCAGGAUUCAUUGUGUUCAAAGUUCAAGCGUACUUGCUCUAUGAACGAUCACUGUGCAUAUAGACAAUGGUGAAAUAUAUGCACAAAACAAACAAAAUUGGCCAAGGCCCAAUAUUUCAGUGGAAAUCUGAACAAUAACGUCUCAAACCCUAGAAACUUUUGCAAAGUCAUAAAUAACUUACAAACACCCCCAAUCCACUCCCACCCCUCCACUGUCAAAGUGAACCACCAAACCCUGCAACUCCUCUUAGAUGUAGCAAAUGUCUUAAACAAUUAGUUUGUUGGAUGCUCCACCACCCUGAUUGCCAAGCUAACAAAUGACACACAUCCUGAAACUACAAAUGUGGAUCAGGCCCCACUAAAUUUGCAAAAAUCCAACACAGACAAGUUAAAUUUUAGACCUGUACCUAUCAGUGUCAUUAAUAAUCUAAACCUGAUCAAAUCCCAGUAAUGCUGCUGAAGCUCAGUGCGCUGGCAAUUCCUAAAUCUGUCACAACCCUAAUUAACGAAUCCUUGGUGUCUGGGUACAUACAAAAACUUGGAAAAGGCUGCGAGAGUAGUGCCUAUCCAUAAAAGUGGUGACACUUCUUUGGCUUCUAACUAUUGCCCUGUAUCAUUGCUCCCAGUAUUGUCAAAAAUCUUAGAAAAAUGCGGCCAUAUGCAACUAUGUGAGUAUUACCAACAAUCUAACUAUCUGACCCCUGAUCAAUCAGGCUUUUACCCGAAUCACUCAACUACAAUUGCCCUCUUAAAAGUUUGCAAUGACAUCCAAACUAGCAUUGAACAAGGAAACCUAACUGGAGCAAUUUUCCUUGAUUUUGCAAAGGCCUCUGAAACAGUAGACCAUGACAUUCUACUGCACAAACUAAAAAACUUGGUAUUGGUGAUCGUCCGCUAACCUGGUUUCGAUCAUAUGUAUUGGAUCGAUCACAAUGUGUGUCCAUUUCUGACAGUGACUCCCUCCCUCUGCCAGUCACGUGUGGUGUUCCCAAAGGUUCCAUUCUUAGUUCUCUACUAUUCACAUUAUUUAUAAUUGAUCUGCCUAAUCUCUUUAAAUCCUCAAAUGUACACAUAUACGCAGAUGACACAGUAAUCUAAGCAAGCACAUGCGAUCUAUCGCAGCUUGAGGUUGUGCUCCAAGACCAGUUCACAGAGGUAGAAAAGUGGAUCACAAAAAUCAAACUCUUCCUAAACACUGACAAAACUGUCACAGUGCUCUUUGGAACAGUACCUAAAUGACACCAAUCUAUCUUUUGGCCUCCACAGAGAAAAACUUGCAUCAAAACUUUAUCCAAAACUAGGUGCCCUGUACAGAAACAAAUGCUGCCUAAGCCCUACAGUAAAGGAAAAGAUUGUACAGCAAAUGCUGAUGCCAAUCAUUGAUUAUUGGGAUGUAGUAUAUGCACCGCAAACUCACUGAAAUAAGCUUAAUACAUUGUAUAACUCGUUCUGCCGAUUUGUUCCACAAUGUAAUUACAGGACCCACCACUGUGACAUGCUAAAAGAACUAAACUGACUGUCGCUGAUAUCCAGAUGCACCCUUCAUCUUUUCAGCAUUGUGUAUUAGAGCUUUUCUGGGAAGCUCCCACCCUAACUGAGCAGAAUGCUGUUCCCACCUCCUUUAACUUCCGAUCCAGUACCAGCACUUUUUUUAGUCUUCCUCAUUACAAAAAGAAAGCAGCCCGAUCCUCCUUUUCCUACAGAGCACCGCCAUUAUGGCACGACCUCCCGCACACUUUCAAAUCUUCCCCAGGCACUAAAAUCAUUUAAGAGAUGUCAUGGUUGAUUAUAUAUUUCUUACCUGUUCUAUAUUAAAUUUUAUAUAUAUUGUCUAUUAAUAUUGUUUUUGUAUUUUAUUGUACCCUAUUGUAUCAAUGCAAUGUUUUGUGAACCCAGGACAUACUUGAAAACGAGCAAAAUCUCAAUGUAUCCUUCCUGGUAAAAUAUUUUAUAAAUAAAAUAUAUAUUCUCAAGAUAAUGUGCAUCCUAGGUUUUACAUAAUAUCUUCCUGCUUCUGUUUUAUGUUUAAGGCUGGCUGUUUCUUGACUCUAGCACAUCAAUGUUUGUUCAUGCUCGUGCCAGGGUUUACCAUGUUCCAGAUUCUAAAACUAUCAAGAAGCCCAAAACAUCUGAAAAUGUGCAAGCCAAGUCAACAGAAAUCACAAAUGGUAUGUGAAAAAUAGAUACCUAACGUUCUGCUGUAAGUGGCUACUUUGCUAUUAGGUCAGAUAAAGAGACACUUCAGGCACUAUUACAGCUACAGCAGAAUUACGUUAUGGUGUGCCAGCUUACUUCAAUUAGUUUCCUUUAAUGAGCAGUUUAAAAUCAGUCUUCAGACUGGCGCCCAUCAGCUCUGCCUCUUCACUUCCAUUCCAGACUGAGAUUUCAACUAGUAGGUUAAUGCUCUCAGCCUGUAAAUACCUCCCCAUUCACAAAUCAGAGGGAAAAAAGUAUGUAUCUGAUGCUCUCAUCCUAUCAGCUGUUCCCAGUCCGAUGCUUUCUGAUUGACUCCUCAGACUGGAAAGGAAGUGAAUGGUCAGAGCUGACUUUGAGGUUAAUCCAUUUAGCAGUUUAAUCCUUUGAGGUAAUCCAGCACCCCUUGGACGACCUUGUACCAUAACAUUUUUUUCAGGUUAUUUAUUUAGUUAUUAUGGUUUCCGGAGUGUGCUGUUUCAACUUUUUCAUGGUAAGUCCUUUUAGAUAGUGCUAUAUGUCCAGACAUUACCCCUUUAAUGAGCAUUAUUUCAACCAGGGUUAUUUAUUCCCAAAAGGAGAAUUUCAAACGUUAGGCUAAAAUAGUCAAACUUGAAAAUUUCUCUAAAUUAGCUAUGAUUCCCGUCCGGCUACUUGGUCUUCAAAUUUGAAAUUCUCCAUGAAUUUCUGACAGUUCUUAUUUAAGAGAAUAAUCCUGUUUGUUUUUUUUCAACACUUUAUCUCUCCAUAACACAACCGUACCAUCACUACUGUUGUUGAAAUAACAGCACUACUGAUGGUAGCGCUUAUUGUGAUAACAUGAUUGGAUAAGGACGUGCCUUGAAAGCCCCCCAUCCAAAAAAAAACUAAAAUAUAGGUCUAUUGUUUUCUUGUUAAGGAGGUAAGUGGAUCCUCUGCUUAAUACCUCAGUCUUAAAUUUAGGCCCCACUCUCUGCACACUGAGAAUGCUACAUAAUACCCCUGGGCCACUUAAACUCCAUUCCCAAUCUGGACAUUUCCAAAAUAUAUUCUCUCCGUUUAUUCCCACUGUUGCAAAGUAUUAGAGAAUGAGAAGCCUAAAGUUCUUUACAGGGAGAAUCAUCCUCUAUUAAUGCAAUCCUCUUCCUUCACCAUUUGUAUCCUCUUAUAAUUACUAUGCUUGAUCCUAAUUAAAAUUAACUCUUAGCACAAACUGCUGAUCACUAAAGCUUGAUUGGCAGAUGGACUAACAUUGGUUUUGGCAAUCUCCAACAGCUACUUUCAUUAAGCUGCCUAUGUCUCACAAAUAUAUUUUAGAUAAUGAUUUUUUAACUUUGUUUUGAUUUGGAUUUCAGAAUAUUUUACACAUUCCCCUUACCCAUGUUCUAGAGUCCUAUCAAAUAUGUUGGCACUUUAUAAAUGCCAGUAAUAAUAUACAUAUCCCAAAAAUAUAACUAUGUGCAGUUUUAUCAAUGGAAAGUUACUGAUAGGCUAGGAGUGUCAGCAACUUUGGGGUUAAACCAUUUGUCAACAAUUCAGCCCUUUAAGGUAAGAUGGCAGCUGAGACUUCCAGGCACUAUCAUUGAGAUAAAAAGUAAUGAGUGUUCAUUUAAUAUUAGUCAUUGGGUUUCAGGGAUGUUAACAAAUUUUCCUAGGUUUUUUAAAAAAUAUUUUAAAAAAUGGUUUUGUUUUGUUUAUUCACAUUUGCAAAAACACGUCUGCUUUAUGAGAUUUGUGAAUUUUUAUUUUUCUUGCUAGAUGGAAAGAAAGAAUUGGUUUUAGAGAGCAACCCAAAAUGGCAAGCUUUGACUGAAGUCUUGAAGGAGAUUGAAGUAGAUAAUAAAAAUUGUGAUGAUCUCGAAGGUCAAGGUAAGGAUAGAGUUUUGGAACAAUAUUUCAAACCAUGUAAUAUUAGGAGGUGUGUAUGUAUGUAUGUAUGUAGUUGUGUAUAUAUGAAAAAACUCUUGCACUCACAUAUGAAUGUCUCUUGGUUGCCGCGUGCUAGUUAGCCAGGGCUUUAGUAUCCAUUGUCCAAAAAGGUAGCUGCACUGACGGGGUUAAAAAGUCCAAUCUUUAUAUGAAAAUAUUUAAAACUCGAUCAAUGUUUCAGUCCUGUAUAAAGGACUUUCUUCAGGAUCACUAUCCUUUCCUGAAAUAUUUUCAUAUAAAGAUUGGACUUUUUAACCCCGUGAGUGCAGGUUCCUCUUUGGAAUAUAUAUUCCAAAUAUAGGGCUUUAGUAUCCAUUGUCCAAAAAGGUAGCUGCACUGACGGGGUUAAAAAGUCCAAUCUUUAUUUGAAAAUAUUUAAAACUCGAUCAAUGUUUCAGUCCUGUAUAAAGGACUUUCUUCAGGAUCACUAUCCUUUCCUGAAAUAUUUUCAUAUAAAGAUUGGACUUUUUAACCCCGUGAGUGCAGGUUCCUCUUUGGAAUAUAUAUAUAUAUAUAUAUAUAUAUAUAUAUAUAUCUUCCUUUCCCUCUCCCCCUCCCUUAUAAUUUUACUAGUGAAAUAAUGUUUGUUUAGGUUUAUAGUUAAAAGUCUGCGUGUGUCUGUCUAGCUGUGACCAUGGGUGAGUUGGAGAAUUUUAGCUGUUUUUUUGCAGCUCUGUAUUUACAGUCUAUAAUAUAAUAUCUUCAUAUUGCGCUAACCUAUUUCAUCACGAACACAUGUCUUUGUCAAGAUGCUUGAGUAUAGUGGUAGGUAAUUGCAUGAUUUUGAUAUUACAUGAUAAAAAGUCAUGAUUUUAUUAAAGACACGGAGUCGAGUAUUGCAUAUCCCUUUCUUUAUCGUCCACCAAUAGUAGCAAAGGAUAUAAACAGAAUGAAAAAAAACAAUGAACAUACAGUAACAUAGGCCCCUCCCUGCACAGGUCCCAGUAUAAUAGGCAGCACUUCCCUUCCAUUUCCCUCUUUCUGAAGAUGCAACACUAUACACAGAGUCCAAAACAGGAACAGCAAUAAACAAAAACGUAGAAACUUCAACCCAAGAGAAGGACCAUAACAUCAAUUAACAUGGAAGCACAACUUGAUGACUGCCGACCAAACUGUAUUCGCAGGGAGAGGUCUUCACAUGCCGAAACCAGACAUUCCACCAGAGCGGAUUAGGCUCUGAAAACAUAAAGAACAGGAGCCCAAGGGUGAAAUCGGUACUUGAGACUGACAUCAAGGCCCAACCAACAUCUGCAGAGAAAUAACCAGAUAGAUCCAAACUGACAUAGUUACAUAGUCAAAUCCCUUCCAACACAGAUCCCACUUACCGUACCAAUCAAAGUGAUACGUGUCACCUAUAUUUUGAAAUAAACUGGGGGGGGGGGAACAAACAAGUCAUAACCUGAGUAGUAUAAAAUGGGUGGGACAAUACUCGCCUCCGUGUCUUUAAUAAAAUCAUGACUUUUUGUCAUGUAAUAGCAAAAUCAUGCAAUUUUAUGACAAGACUUGGAGGCUCAAAUUGCAAGUUUAAAGUUGAUCGACUACUGCCGCAAAUGUAUGAGGAACCGGUCUAAAGUAGAAUUCCUGAAAAAGCGAUUCCCUUGACCAGUCGGCCAUCUUCAUGAGGUCCUCCAGGCGCGCGCCUGAAGCCAUCAUUGAAGAUGCCGAGGCCCCCCUGAUCGAAUGGGCGCUGAAAAUCGCAGUGUCAAUACCGGCUUGACAGAGUAGCCAUUUAACCCUUCGAGACAAAGUGGUGCUAGUUACUGGUUGAAACGGCGGGCGGGUAGAUAAAAUUAGAUGGGGGAGGAUGCGGAACAAAACAGCAAAAACAGAUCCUCAUAUUCGUGUAGGCAAGCCACCAGACAUAGCGCAGGUGUAGUGGGGAAACUCGGAUAAGAUACUGACCUAAUAGACGUUUUGGUGCAUCUGUUGGUAUUGAAUGUCACUCCUUCUGUGGUAUAUGAUCUGGAAUUAAAGUCCAGUGCUCGGACAUCUGAGAUCCUUUUACAGGAGAUGAGACAAAACAAACAGACCAACUUGGCUGAUAGUUGUUUUAGGGAGGGCGAGGAAUUAGUGGGCCAAGAAGCGAGGAAGGAUAACACCACUGAUACAUCCCAGGUCGCGGUGUAGCGCGGUCUGGGCGGCCGAGAGAAGCGAGAACCUUUGAGAAGCCGGCACACCAGGGAGUGCUGGCCCGCCUGGCAGCCAUCGAACCCCUGAUGUGUGGAGGACAUGGCCGACCAAUAUAGGUUGAUGGUCCUGUAUGCCUUACCUGCUUCAAAGAGGGAAGUCAGGAACUGUAGGACCGCAGUCACAGGGGCUGAAACGGGAUCCAUGUCCCGAGCCAGGCACCAACCAGCCCAAGCUCGCCAAGCUGACCCAUAUGCCUGUCUAGUGCUGGGAGCCCAUGCCGCUGCCAGUAGGCGUCUAGUAGUGUCCGAAACUCCCUGGACCUCCCAUGGUCCCCUGAAAUGCGCCACGCAGGUGGGAGCCCUCUAACCAGAGAGAGUGGCAACACCCUAUCGGAUCCAGUAGAAGUUCCUGGGAGUGUGGCAACAGUCUGGGAUAAUCCACUGUCAUCCCGAGAAGUUGAGGGAACCACGAUUGUGUUUCCCAGAAUGUGGUCACUAGGACCAGUUCGGCCUGAUAUCUGCAAGAGUGUAGACAUAAAGGGAAUCAACACAGUAAAGAAGGAGACUAUAUUUAAAAGAAGAAAACCUACCACAACAAGAGGACAUAGUCUUAAAUUAGAGGGGCAAAGGUUUAAAAAUAUCAGGAAGUAUUACUUUACUGAGCGGGUAGUGGAUGCAUGGAAUAGGCUUCUCGUUGAAGUGGUAGAGGUUAACACAGUAAAGGAGUUUAAGCAUGCGUGGGAUAGGCAUAAGGCUAUCCUAACUAUAAGAAAAGGCCAGGGACUAAUGAAAGUAUUUAAAAAUAUUGGGCAGACUAGAUGGGCCAAAUUAUUCUUAUCUGCCGUCACAUUCUAUGUUUCUUCAUCACACUUCAGCGUUUAAAAUAUUAAUUGAAACCCAUUAUUUCAUUGAAACAUUUUACUAAUAACAUAACAAUCGUAAGCUGAUCACAUAACUUCACUUUUCUUUUAACCGCUCACAUACGUGCUCCUUAUUCACUGUUAGAAUCCCUAGCUUUGAGGAACAUGUUAAUAAUUUCAAAUCACAUUGAUGUAAUUACAAUACACACACGCCUUUUUAAGGGAAAAUAUAAAAAAGGAUUCUUUAAUUAAACCUCAUCUCUAAAACGUGUAAAGCAGUGUGACAUCUAGCACCCACAAGCUGUUAAAUGAGAAGAUAUAUUUUUAGCAUUAACCUACCAGCAUGUUUUAAAGUACAAGAUCAAAUUCCGGCCUCUUGCUGGCACGCUUUCAAGUAGUCUUCUAUUGUUUUUAUAAAUGUCAGUAAUCAGGCUCUUUCUUAUAAGACCAGAUUGAGAUUGGAAAGGGCUUUAUAUAAUUACUUUGUAAGGACUAUUUACUUAUGUCAUGUUGAAACAAACAAAUAUGUAACGCAAUUUUAAUGAGAUGUGUUUGUCCUAGUACAUUGAAUUCCUAAAGAUUACAUUUCUUGUAUAAACAUGCAGUCAGAGGGAAAUGUUACUCACUCUUAAAGGGGCAUUUUAAGCUUGUUGCAACCCUCAUUUUAAAAGGGCACUGAGCACCAUAACAACCUCAUUACUAUUAAGUUUUAAUGAUGCAGUGAGGUCCCGAGUGCUGUCUUAACUUAAACGAUUAAACUGUUGACGAAUAGUUUAUCCCCAACGUCUGGAACACAGUGCAUAAUCGCUCUGCCCCUCCACUUCCUAUGCAGGUCUGUGACUUCAAUCAGGAAGCCAUGGACCGGGCUCCACUGAUAGGCUGAAUGCAACCAGCCCAACACUAGCAUCCCAUUCAAAAAUGAGUGAAAAAUGCUUAUCAGUGGAGCCAUUCUGAUUGCAGCCACAGACUUUAAUAGGAAGUGGAAGGAUAGCGCGAUCAGGUUUUUAUUGUGAUGUUGUUAUAAUGCCCAGAAUGGUCCUUUGUAAUGCAUCCUAUAGAAACUGCAUUUAAAAGAUAUAUGCAUAAAAUAAACAAAAGAAUUUCACCUUUUGAAGUACAUGUCUUGAACCCUAGGGUUUGCAGCUUCCUGCAGUGCGCUCUACACAAAGUAGGAGGAAGCCGACCCUCUCAGCCAGUCAGUACUUUCUCGUUGUUUUCAGGCGCUACGAGAUGCAACUUCAGUGCAUCUGUUCCUCUAUCAUACUUAAAGGGACACUAUAGUCACCUGAACAACUACAGCUUAUUGAAUUUGUUCUGGUGAGUAGAAUCAUUACCUUUAGGCUUUUUGCUGUAAACACUGUCUUUUCAGAUAAUGUAUGUGUUCCUGACCCUAUAGUGUUCCUUUAAUGUCACAGCAGUAAGUUGCAACUUCUUGAGAUUUCAUGGUUCUGGAACAUGAAGGGAUAGAGGAUGCCCAAGAACAUUAUUCGGCUAGGGCUUAUAAAAGUUCUUUCUAACCCAAUUUUUGUGUUUGUUUGUUUUUUUGUUUUUUUAUAUAUUUUAUUUUAUCAAAUAACUUUUUAUUCAUUUAGACAUAUAUAUAUAUAUAUAUAUAUAUAUAUAUAUAUAUAUAUAUAUAUAUAUAUAUAUAUAUAUAUAUAUAUAUAUAUAUAUAUAUAUAUAAUAUAGAACAGCAGUACAAGAUUGUAUUGUAACUUCCAUUAUUCUUAGAAUAAUGAUUCAAUGCUUUCCUAUGGUGAGGUCUAAUGCACGUGUGGAUUUGCCGCGCUUGUGUAUUCGACCCUGCUUGUCGCGGGAUGCAGGAGGGGCGGAGCUUCGACCCAGUGCCGAGGGACAUCGGCGCUGGGAUAAGGUAAUUAAAUAAAGGUUUUUUUUAACCCUUUAAUUACUGGGCUAGAGGGGGUAGGUAGUGCCAGGAAUACAGCUUUGUAUUGCUGGCACUACAGUAUCCCUUUACAUGGUUUGAAAACUUGAGCUACUUGUUAAAACAACAAUAUGCUACCUGCAAUGGCUUUACCUGCUGUUAUGAGACAGUAAUAGUUGAUAUUCUUAUAAGACUCUCUGUCAUGUAUCCCAUUACACAUAUUUUAUAAAAGGGAAGCAGAGAGACUCAUAAUUUCCUAAAAGUCCAGGCAGGGAAUCAUUGAUUUUAUAUACAUACUGUGGGUGUGUAUUAUAUUUUUUGCAUAGCUCAAAUCAUACUCCACAUAAAUUCCAGUUCUUAAUAACUUUCUAUCAUUGUGGUUUUUCAGGUCGUGUAUUAAUUUGUGCCAGUGAUGAUCGAACAUGCGCACAACUGAGAGAAUACAUUGCAACUGGAGCAGAGGCACUGUUAAUGAGACUUUACAACAAAAGUUUUGGAAGAGAUGAGAAAGCUGCAGAAGUGUGGAUGAAGAACCGAAAAACUGCCAAGGUUAAAGAGGGUACCAAGACUGGGAAAGCAUCCAGAGCCAAGAAGACAAAAGAAGGUGCCACAAAACAGAAGAAAAACUGUAAAAACACCGAGCUAACUUUAACACAAAUGAUAGGAAAAAGAGAAGAGGAUGAUGUGGGAAAGGAGGAAGAGAUCAAAUACAACGAAGAAAGCAUUAGUCAGGAAAGCAGUGUUGAGGAACCAAAGUUUGAAGACCUCCAAUUGAAUUUGCCUUCAGACUCUUGCUAUGGGAUCUUGAAAGAACCGCUCACUGUUAUUCAUCCGCUACAAGGCUGUACUGACCCUUAUGCACUCACAAGGGUCCUGCAUGAAGUAGAACCAAGAUAUGUAGUCCUCUAUGAUGCAGAGCUCAGUUUUGUUCGCCAGCUUGAAAUUUACAGAGCAAGUAAGCAGAAACCGCUAAGGUAAGUGAAACAUAUGUGUUCUAAGCACAUAGGCACACAGAAAUAGUUCAGCAGUGUUUACUGCUAAUAAAUUGCAAACAAGGACAUUCAACAUCUCGGGACCCUCUCCUUGUUAUUAUUAUAAUCCUUGUAAAUCAGGUCUUGUCAAAAUUAGUUGUCAAAGUUUCUCUUUUUUUCUUUUAUGUAACCUAUACAAGUAUACAUCAAUUACAAAAUACUAAGUUGGCUAAUUUUGUCAAGUCCUGUAGUAAAUAUAAAAUACGUAUUCCUGCCAGGGUUUAGAAAUUCAAAAGAAAUAGAGAUAGCAUUCCUUUUGUUAUUUUGGGGGUGUACUACCAGCAGCCUAAGUUGAGCUUUACCUCCUCACUGUAUGACUUGAUAUACUAACAGGGUUACGUAUUAAAGUAAAAAUUCAAAUUGAAUUUCAAAUGUAAGAUCGGAGUAGCCAAACUGAAAACAUAGGGAUUUUGAGAAUGUUCUACUUCAACUAUUUUGACCUUAGAUUUCAAAUUCACAUUGAAUUCUCAAUAUAGUGAAUAACCCCCGGAGGUUUCUAUCCAACAUCUGCAGGGUUUCUUUUAUCAUUUGACCGACCUUUGUACUAAGCCACAUUGGUUCCAAAUUGCUAAUUUCAUAUUUGUUUCCCAAUUGAGGUAUAGAUCUUACUAGUUUUUAAUUCCACGUAAUACAACCCACAAAUCCGGGGUACAAUUAAACCUGUUGGACCUUUUACUAUAUGUUAAGAAAAUUUUCCAGGAUGAUUUUCUAUAUACAACUUCUUGUAUAUAUCACAUUUUCACCACCUAGGAAUGUUCUUCUUUGACUGACCAUUGAGCGGAAUGUGGAGUGACUCAAUUGUUUACUUUGGAAUGAAGCCGUUGCUUCCUUUGCUUUUUCUGUAGGCUCUUUUUGGUCAUUAGUGUUAAGUUUGUCCUCUUUAUUUUAUUUCUGAUUUUAGAUUGAUAUGCAGGUCAAUUGAUCAAGCUAUUUCUGGAUUUCUUUAAAUAAGGAAACUGGUAGCCCAUGUUAUGUGCUUAUUUUAAAACCCUUUGAUUCUCCUACUCUUCUUUCCAUUUCUCCUCCUCUCUUUUCAGUUUCCUUAACCUUGAUACUUUCUCGUAGCUAUUUCCUCUUGGUCGUUUUGCAGUCUUUCCUCGUCUAUUAUAUGUUACUGCAGCUUGGCUUUGCUUUUUGUGACUGUGCAAUGUUAUUUUGAAUUGUGCUUGGUUGGAGAGAGUGAUAAAACUUUAUAUAUUACAUGUGUUUGUUUUAGCCACAUAGGUGACGCAUCACUUUGAAUUCAUAAUAUUUUAUCAUGGAGCAGCAGAAUAAAGUUGUUUUUCUUUUUUCUUUUUUCUUUAGCCUGGUGCUAACGUCAUAUAUAUAUAUAUAAUAUGUGUGUGUGUGUAUCAUCUCUGUAUAUCCACAUUCAUAAAAUUAUGCUAUUGUUUUGUUUUGUUUUGUUUUUUAAAUCAAAUUUCUAUUGUGAUGGUGACAAAUAGUACAAGAUAAGUAAAACCAGCACAGGACAAUUCAGUUAAGCGAGUUAGAGAUACGGUAAGGGCUUAGCUGCUAAGAGUAAUCAUCACAUUUUAUAGUUCUAAAAGUAAGGAGAGUAAACAGAUGCACUAGUAUAUUGCAAACAGGAAUAUAGUAAAUUAUGCAAGGCUAAAGGCAUGAGUGUGGUGCCACCCCAGGUGGCUCCAGAGGUAAAUGUCCAGAUACAGUGGGACAUAGUGUGUUAUCAACUAAAUGAGAAAACAUUCAUAAAGGAGGUGGGAGGGGGGGUACAUGCCACUAUGAGAAGAUGUGCAGAAUGUUCAUCUCUAGGUAUUCAGCCUAUGCCUGCUAAGGGCAGUAUGCAGUCCCAGAGAAUGUGGUGAUUUGACUGGCUUAGUUGCAGGGCUGUGGCAGUACCCGGGUAGUAGGGUACCUCCAACGAUCCAAAGUUGGAGUAGCGGGGAUCCAUCUAGAUUUUGCUGAAGAUCAGCGUGAGCUAGUUCGGGAGAUCGGCCACCUCUCCCUACAGCAGCUCCUGAUAGGCCUCACUCCAUUUAGCAAAGGACUCCGUCCGGGUGGCUGCAAAUGAUCACCAGGGACGCCCCUCGGUCGAUCAGUUGACGUUGAACACACAAGCUGUGCAGCCAGACCCAGAAAGCGAGCCGGGGUCGCAGGUAAACAUCUGAAAGUAUAAGAUUCACUUGGAGCACCAUGAAAAGGCGUCCAUCUGCCAUCACAGUAGGGCCCCGCCCCCCUGUUUUGUUUUUUAAAAUUCCUAAUAAUGGUAUUUUUAAACUGUUAUAAUGCCACUAGUGGAAGUAGAAUCUUUUCCUUACUGUUAGAGUAAAUUGGACUUGGUUAGCAGUUUGGUUAGAUCCAUUUUGCAGACAGAGGCUUACUAGUCAGAUCUCAUUAAUAACCACCCUUGAAUGCAGGUAGAGUUGAAUACUGGUGGGAGCAGGUCCUUUGCAUGUCCAUUCUGAUAUGAAUAGUAAAAGGCAAGAAUGUAAGCAGAGCUGGCCCUGACCAGGUUGAGCUGUAUUAGAAUUGCCUAGAUAGUGUAUAGCUAAACAGAUUAGAAACAAGUGGAUACCGGCUCUGUGCAACGACGUGCAAUCUUAAACACAUUAGCUUUGAGCAUGUUAGAGGCUUGACUGGACUAAGACUAGGCUAGGAUGGACAGGAUAAAAAAUGUGUAAUAAAAGUACUGGCCAUGGAAUAGACUGGUUGCACCAGGAGCAAAAGAUACAUUAGAUGAAACCAAACUGCAGGAAUAUGUGCUCUUUUGCACUUAGUGCUGCAAUGUAAAUGCAAUGCACUGUAAAUGCCACUAGAGGGCUUCUGGAAUCCAAACUGACUUUUGGUUCGUUAUCUGACGCUGGACGUCCUCACGGACCUCGCCGAGGGACAUCGCCGCUGGAUUCAGGUAAGUGGUUAACCCCUUCUGCCCUGAGGGAGGGGUCACUCCAGGAGCUUAUAGUGCCAGGAAAAUGGGUUUAACUUAACUUUCCUCUUACUUUGUUGCAGGGUGUAUUUCCUUAUCUAUGGAGGUUCCACUGAAGAACAGCGCUAUCUCACUGCCUUGAGGAAAGAAAAGGAGGCAUUUGAGCAACUUAUUAGGUAAAUGUUUUUGUCAAAAUGUGCAAUGCAAGUUACUCAUAACCAGUAGUAUGCGGGUACCAAAAAAUGGUCAGUUGUAAUUCCUACAUUGUAUGUCCAAAUCUCCUAGUAAUGUUUCUACUCAUAUUUUGUGAAUAUGUUUUGCCUUAUUAAAUGCAUUACCCGGUUACAAAUGUGUAGCAGUAUUUCAUAAAGUAAAAGAAUUUCUAAAAAGUGCAGCAGGUCCGUUAUUCCCUAUUUCAUUUAGAUUUAUUAUAUCUAAUAGCAUUCUGUUGUUAUUGCUUUUCAAAGGAGGUCUCGUCUCAUACCUGCCAAGUGUCCCUAUUUAGGAAGGACUGUCCUUAUUUUAGGCCCAAAUUCCUCUGUCCCUCUUAUCUAGGAGCUCCAAAUUGAUUUUGUGUCUGAGUGUAUAAAAUGGCUCCACAACAAUAAAACUCAGCAAUGUGUCUUUAAACUACAAUAAAUGCUUAGAGCAAAUGAAUACUCAGUAUUGCAUGUUUCUGGGUUUGUGAACUGAGGCCUAAGGGUCAGCGAUGGGGAUGAGACAUAGUUACCGUAUAUACUCGUGUAUAAGUCGAGUGCAGUUUUGUGACCAACAAUUGUGAAAUAUGCUAUGCCUCGUGGAUAAGUCGAGGGUAAGACUUGGGGCUAUGAAAUUCUGUGAUUUUAUAAUUAUAUACACACACACUCAUACAAACACACACACUGCAUUAUAUACACACACACUCAUACAAACACACACACACUCAUACAAACAAUCCGCAUUAUACAAACACACACACACAUAACAAAACACACUCUGCAUUAUAUACACACACACACUGCAUUAUACACACACACACACUCAAACAAUCUGCAUUAUACACAUACAAACACACACUCUGCAUUAUAUACGCACACACUCAUACAAACACACACACACUGCAUUAUAUAAUGUAUGAGUGUGUGUAUAUAAUGAAGUGUGUGUGUUUGUAUGAGUGUGUGUGUAUAUAAUGCAGAGUGUGUGUGUGUAUACAAUGCAGAGUGUGUGUUUGUAGGAGUGUGUGUUUGUGUAGUGUGUGAGAACUGGGUGGGGGAGGGCAUUUUUAUUAUUUAAAAAAUUUAAAACUUUAAUAUUUAAUUUUUUUUAUUUAAGUACUUUUUUUUUUAUUUACUUUAAUUUUAAUAUUUUAAUUUUUUUUCAUUGUAAUAUUAUUUUAUUUCAUUUUUAUUUUCAUCCCCCCUCCCUGCUUGUUAGCUGGCCAGGGAGGGGGGCUCUCAUUCCCUGGUGGUCCAGUAGUUGGGCUGGCAGAGAGCUGUUACUUACCUUUCCUGCAGCUCCUGUCAGCUCCCUUCUCCUCCGGUCUGGUCAGCUCCACUGUAAGUCUCGCGAAACCCGCGGGGUCAGAGCGUUGCCACGGGUUACUGUGGCAACACUCCGCGCGGCAGUCACACCGCCAGACCUACAGUGGAGGAGAAGGGAGCUGACCGGAGCGCAGGAGAAGGGAGCUGACCGGAGCGCAGGAGAAGGGAGCUGGCAGGAGCGCAGGAGAAGGGAGCUGGCCGGAGCGCAGGAGAAGGGAGCUGGCCGGAGCGCAGGAGAAGGGAGCUGGCCGGAGCGCAGGAGAAGGGAGCUGACCGGAGCGCAGGAGAAGGGAGCUGACCGGAGCGCAGGAAAAGGGAGCUGACCGGAGCGCAGGAGAAGGGAGCUGACCGGAGCGCAGGAGAAGGGAGCUGACCGGAGCGCAGGAGAAGGGAGCUGACCGGAGCGCAGGAGAAGGGAGCUGACCGGAGCGCAGGAGAAGGGAGCUGACCGGAGCGCAGGAGAAGGGAGCUGACCGGAGCGCAGGAGAAGGGAGCUGACCGGAGCUGCAGGAAAGGUAAGUAACAGCUCUCUGCCAGUCCCCAACAGGACUGCCGGGCUUGUAAUGAGCCCGGCGGUCCUGGUCUGUAUUAUGGCAAUGUAAAUUGCCACAAUACAGACACUGACUCGAGUAUAAGUCGAGUGGUAUGGUAUAUGAAGGUAUUCACAUCUAGGAGGGGCAAAGGAAGGAGGCAGAGAGGGGGUGGGUAGCUCAUUGAAGUGGUCUGGGUGCAUAUUUCCAGGUCCCUUAACCCUGCAAAGGUAAGUUUUUUUAAUAAACUGCAAUAAUUACCUUUUGAGUGUUAACUCCACCUCUAGUGGCUGUCUACCAGACAGUCAUUAGAGGUACUUCUGGGUUUUUAGGUGACUUUUGGUUGCCAAACUGACGCUGGUCCUCCUCACUCUAUGCAUCGCCUAACUGACGCUGGACGUCCUCAUGCUACGUAUGAGGACAUCCAGCGCCAUGUAAAACCCCACAGGAAAGCAUGAAAUAUUCUUUUCUAUGGGGGAAGCACUAAUGCGACGCGCGUUGGGUCUCCCCCACCGACUGAUGUUUGCAGGAAGGAGAGGAGUCUGAACCAGUGCUGAAGACAACGGCACUGGACUCAGGUAAGUGAGAAGUGAUUUUAACCCCUUCUACGUGUGGGGCACUAUGGGAAGAUAUAGUGCCAGGAAAAAAAAUGUAUGGCUUCUGCCCCACCUGCCAAUAAGACACCAGUGUGACAAAUAUAUUGACAGAAGAAAGCAGAUGAAACCUUUUUCUGAACAGCACAUGCACUGUAUUUGUUGAUUACUCCUCCAGAAAAUAUGUCUGCCAGCAGGCUGGAGAGGAGAUGAGUAUCACCUUCACUGCUCUAGGAAAUUUUAAAAAUAGUAUAACUUCAUAAUAAAUUAUAUAUUUAUUGUUUUGUUUUUUUGUGAAUAUGAUUUUUAUUCAUUUUGCAUGUAUUAAGGUUGGAUGAGACGCGCAGGUCUCCAUUGCAUGGUAUAACAAAAGAUAACAAGUCGGGCUCGCAGGCCCCCAUCAUAGAAGGACUCGUAGGUCCCCAUUUUCUGGUGUUACGCUUGUUCGGGAAUAUAAGUUAAGUUACGUUUUUAUAAACUGGGUGAACAAUAUGCCAGGUAACCGUCCUUGAACUGGGUUAAUCAUUCUUUGAUUAGGUGUCAGUGUUUGUGGAGUGAGCUCCGUUCUCUGUGUCGUUUGUACACGUAGGAACUAUAGUGUAUGCGUUGUGUCCCUUCUAUUGUGUUCGAGUUCCGUCUAUGUGUCGGCGUUCCUCUGCUAUCUUGUCUGGUCACACAGUGUGUCAGGGGCUCAUUCUGCGUGGGAGCCUGGGAACGUAGGCUUCCCCUAUGGUCUCUGUCGUCAGGCAUCUCAUAGAGCCCUGUGUCUCUAGCCGUGCGGUAUUGUCCGUGUUGGGCUUGUGCUUUCCCCGCUGUUACUAUCAGUAUUUCCCGUGUUUAACCAGGGAUAUGGUGAUAUUGCGGGCAGGGGGUACCCUUUCGUUGGGUGUGUGGUUACGGCAUUAGCCGUGUCAUUGCCGGGCCUGUCCAGGAUUAUCACAGUUGUUCGUGUGUUUUGGCUUUGGGGUGUCAUCCCGGACUGGUCUGGAAGUGUGUACCAGUUUGUGUUUGUUGUCGUUCCUGAUUAUGGUAUCCCUUAUUGCUGUGGGUACGGUGGGGAUGAUCCAAUCAAUGAUAAUGCUCGGGUGGUUCAAGGGGAGGGGGGGGGAUGCGUCGGGGUGGGAAGAAAGGGGCGUGGUUCCGUUCAGUUCGUCUGUCGGCUGUCUAGCGUCGUCCGAGGUGUGUGUUAUAUUUAUUGUUUUAACCCCUUAAGGACCAAAUGGAAUAAAAGGGAAUCAUGACAUGUCAAACAUGUCAUGUGUCGUUAAGGGGUUAAGCGUUGUAAUCUGUAAUGGUAAACCUUUCAUGAUCGAUUCACUUUAAGAAAGUGGGGUGUUUGUAUUAAAAUAUAAAUGUGUUAAUAUCCAUUAAAGAUCAAUGAUGGCCUAUGUCAUCAAAACAAUCUGAUUCUUGAGCGAUCCUACAAGGACAAUGAAUGUCCUACUCAUGUAACUUUUAUCGUGGAACUAUACAGCUGAUGGUGCGUAGGGCAUUCAAUACUUGCAUAUGAUGUUUCAAGAACAGACUGUGAUGAUGUCUUUGAUUGUCAUUGCCAUUAAAACAUUUAUGUUUGACUGCCAGUGUUUGUUUCCAGAGAGAAAGCCAGCAUGGUUAUUCCUGAAGAAAGGGAAGGAAGAGAUGACACAAAUCUUGAUCUUCAGAGAGGUGUAACUGAUUCAUCAGCCUCAACCGACACUCGCAAAGCUGGUAUAAUCUUCACUAGUGUUCCUUAUGCUACUGAAGAAUGUUUAGUCUUCUUUUUAUUUUCAAUUGCUCUCAGGACACAAUAGGCUAGAAUUGAAACCUAUUUUUAAAGAAUUAUUUAGAUCGUGCUUAAAGUAAAAAUAUUUGUGCGUAUGUACGUACGUACAUCUAUCUAGAUAUUGUAAUAAGAUCAUUGCAAGAACAGUUACUCCAGUGCUUUUUCAGGAUGUUGAUUUACAAAACCCAACUGUUUUUAACAUCCACAAUACUAUUGCCCCUUAAAAAAUAAAUGAAAGCAAACAAAAACUGACUCCUUUUAGGAGACUAACUAAACAGAGAUAUUUCCUUUCGAACUGUAUUGGCCAGCUAAGCUGAUUCCCAGUCAUAAAACAAUAAUUAAACGGCACAACGUUUUUCUUACCACUUAGGCUCAGUUUCACACACUGUAGGUGUCUGUGAUCAGCAGCCUAAUGUGAAAAUCUCAGCAGGCUAAAUAGAGCUGGACAGUGUUAAUUAAGCAGCAGCUGAAACUGCUACAAGUAUUAACACUAGAAGAAUAUGUGUGUAUAUAUAUAUAUAUAUAUAUAUAAAUCUCAAUCAUCAAAUAUUUAUCCCACUCUUCUGCAGAGAUAUUAUAUCCUCUGAUUUUAGGUUUUAUUGAGUCCUGGUCCUUCCAUCUCACUGGAAGUGCUAUGCAUAUCCCAUACUGUUCUGCUUAUAAGGGAUUCAUGGAAUAUGUAGUUCAGAUGUCUGAGUAUGAUCUUUAUAUAUUUGUAAUUAAAGAAACUACUUUGAAAGUCAUUAAGAUAGUUUAUGUAACCUCUAUUAACUUUUUGUGUAACGUCUUUAAAGCUCUUUAAGUAGCUUUAGUUGCCUUUAAUCAAGAAAGAAAAAUAAAGUUGUGUAUUUGUGUACUUGUACAGGUUCUCUCAUGUAGCCCAUAGGUGUUACAAUAACUGUGGUCAGGUUGAAGCUAACCUGGUAGUGUUGUGUUGAUGGACAUACAACUGCAGCAUUUCUUGAAAAUUGGAAAUCAAAAAGGAUAUUGUUUUUUAUAUGAAAAAAGAGACUUACUUUAUUACUCAUGAUCAUAUGUAACUUGUUGCAAAUUAUACACUCUGUAUUGUGUGAUCACUUUUUAAUUAAACCUGUAACAAGUGUAAUCUACCCAUUCAAUAUUCUUCCUUUCGUUUCUAGGUGGCCAGAAGCAGAACAGUGUCCAACACACGAUUAUCGUUGACAUGCGCGAGUUCCGUAGUGAACUUCCAUCUCUUGUUCACCGGCGUGGCAUUGACAUAGAACCUGUUACACUAGAAGUGGGAGAUUACAUCCUGACUCCAGAUAUGUGCGUUGAGAGAAAGAGUGUGAGUGACUUAAUUGGUUCACUGAACAAUGGACGUCUCUACACCCAAUGUGUAGCGAUGUCUCGCUAUUACAAGAGGCCCAUUCUUCUGAUUGAGUUUGAUCCCAACAAACCGUUUUCUCUCACAUCAAGAAAUUCUAUUCACCAAGAGAUUUCAGUGAAUGACAUCACAUCCAAGAUAACUCUCCUCACUCUUCACUUUCCAAGAUUGCGCAUCCUUUGGUGUGCGUCUCCACAUGCCACCGCAGAGCUAUUUGAGGAACUAAAGCAGAACCGUCCCCAGCCAGAUGCUGCAACAGCAAUGGCAAUAACCGCUGACUCGGAAACUAUCCCAGAAUCUGAGAAGUAUAAUCCAGGCCCUCAGGACUUCCUUUUAAAAAUGCCAGGAGUCAAUGCCAAAAAUUGCAGAGCCAUCAUGAAUCAUGUAAAGAACAUUGCAGAACUGACAACUUUAUCUCAGGAGAAACUGUCUGAAAUUCUCGGAAAUUCUAAUAACACAAAACAACUUUACGAUUUCAUUCACACGUCUUAUGCAGAGGCUGUUUCUCAAGGGAAAGCUAAAAGGUGAUGUUUUGAUAUUUAUAGUAAUAUUUAUACGUAAAUUUCUAUUUAUUGGUUUGGUGUGUUGCUGAAAUAGAUCAACAUGACAAGAUACAAAUUAAAGAUAUGUCUGCUUGGAACAUAUGUUCUCUAAAUCGUGGUACAUCAAAUAUUUUAUCCUUUUGUAGAAAAUUUGCAUAAUAAACUAAAUGGACUUCUUAAUGUAUAUCUUGAUCCUUGAGUGACCUAAACCACAUCUGCUUUUUGUUGUAAUAGUUUGCUUGGAUCUGUGCCCCUUGUAUACCUGUAGAUAUAGCUAUGAAAAUAAUUAGAAAUUGUCUGUUUAUUUGCUAAUGUGAAUUUCAAAUUUAAGGAAGCACUACAUGAAGAUAAGGCAUAGCUGAUUUAGAGAAUUUCUACUGUUCAGCUAUUUUGACCUUAAAAUUUAAAUUCACUAUGAAUUCUUACUUUUGUAAACAGCCGUUUGUGUGGUCGAUAUUGCUUGUCAGUAUUUUUGCGUGGAAUACACCAACAUUGUUAAUGAAUGCAUCUACAUAACAUAUAACACACAUUUAUUUAAAGGAAAAAUUAAAGUGGAUACUUUAGUCACUCAGACCACUUCAGAUCAUUGAAGCGGUCUGGGUGCCAUGUCCCUGUCCCACUUAGCCCUGCAGUGUGACUCAAUGCAGUUUUUAAGAAACUGUAAUAAUUACAUUGUAGGACUAAGUCACUAGAGGGCACCUUUUGGGAAGAGGAGGGACUAUUACGCCUGUCGGGCAGUGCCAACCCAGGGCUGAGAGACAUUGGCGCUUGAAUCGGUUAAGUAACUAAGGUUAUUUUUUAUUUUAAGCCUUUUAGCUACUGGGGUAGGGUGCAGGGCAGGUGCAGCCAGAGGACUCUUUAGUGUACAGAUUUGUACUCCUAACACUAUAGAAUCCCUUUAAGUAUGUUUUGCAGUGAACACUUUGUAUGAAUUAUUUAAAGACAUUGAAACCUACUAAGAAUGGAAAUGUUAUGAUUUUAAAGUGUUAUUCCAUAUACCCUGCAUAAUAUAGUAUUUUUUAUAGCUAAAUAUAACUUUAAGAAUGCCCAUUUUUUUGUAAUGAUACAGAAUUUAGCAACAUUCUGUUUUGCCAUGUCCGAUCAAUUUUGCCCUGUGGUACAAAGAAAUCACUUACGGAUACUGAAAUACAGCACUCCUAUUUUUGUAACAACUGCUUUUAAUCUGUCAAACAUAUGUGCUCUUUUAUGUGUGGCUAAUGUGUUGCCGAUAUUAUGCUUGGGUAGGUAUAAAUCUAACUUCUAUAUUAUGAUUGGUUCCAUCCCACCAACAUCACCAUCAUAAUGAGAUGUAACGGUUAUGUGCACUCACCCGUACCCCUAUUUGGGAGCGGGGCAUCUAUAUUCAUAGUCCCCAGUCGUAAUCAAGCAAACCUGUAUUGAACAGCCAUCGUACUGUGCUGUAACCCACCCCAAGUGUGUCCUAUUAAGGGUUAAUAAGUGUGUAGGACUUCAUAAAAAUACACCUUUCUGUCUCAUUAGAGACUUUGUCUUUUAGCUGAAAGCAACAAGAUGCAUUGUUAGUGGAGCACUCACCUAAGAGGUUUGCCUUGACAUGGUAGGUGAGCUUACACUUUAAAGCAGCUCUGUUAUUGUCCAGGUCUUGGCAUAAUUUGCAAAGACCUCAGACUGUGACAUUGCUGGUGGUCCGGUGGCCGUAGGGGGCAUGAAAAGAUGAGAUUUCCUUACCUGAACCUGUCCUUCGUGGGCCCUGUUACGCUCUGUGCAGCCCUAGAGAAGUCCUAAAGGUGAGAGUUGAAGACCCAAGUAGGAAGUGUUAGAUGACAAGAAGAUGAGCCUAACUGUAGCAUUUAUCAUGGGCUGCAAAGGGGCCAGCUGGAAAGACCAGCAAGAGAUGAGUGGUUAUGACCUUACACAAGCACUUUAGCUGUAUCCAGUGUUUGGCAGUGGCAGAUGAAUGCUUUGUUUUCAGGAUGGAAGCAAAAGGAUUUAGUAAUUGACUGGAUGUGAGGAGGUAAGCAGAGGUUUAAAUCUAAGAGAACGUCAAGGCAGCAAGGCUACUGGGUAGAGUUGAUCGUAGUGUCAUUGAAUUGGAGGGAAAUACAUGGGUCAAAGGUUAUUGAAGGAGGAAAGAUAAGUUCUGUUUUAGAGAGAUUGAGUUUAAGAAAACUGAUAAUCCUAUGAUAAGUCAAUGAAUUGCCAGACUGCCGAAGGAGUAUGCCAGAAAGCCUCAACCAUAAAGGAUCAGUAAAAAAAAUAUCCAUUCCUUUAUUCAUUGAUUUAUAACUGACAACAUAGCUGUGAGCAACAUGGGCUCCAAGGAGAAGGGGCAGGGGGAACAGUCUAACACAUAUUGUGACUACAAUACCUUCAUCAUAGGCAGAGAAAACAAUUUUCAUCAAGUUAAAAACCUUUUCUAUCACCGUGUGGGCUUUCAAUUAUUUAAUGGCUAAACUAGAGCCUUUGGUGUCUUCCGGUGCCGUAUCAAGUAUUGGUCAUUAAAUUCUGCAUUCAUUGUGUAUUUUAAUUAUUUCCUGGUAAAUUAUACAUUAAACGUAAUGACUCUAAUUUAUGGUGCACAAUUCAGACGCAGUGUACUGUGAUUCAAUAAAUAGUACAUACCUAGAAAAUGUGCUGUUAGUGAGAGUAUGUCAUCAGCAGGGUCACAAGAUGUGCAUUUCUGGCGGUGUGGAAGAUUUAUUAUGUGGGGUACAUUUGUUAUGCCAUUUAACACUGUUGUAGCUUGUCACAGAUGUGCAGUUUAGGAUAUUUAAAGCAAGUGGUGCAGUAUAUGUAUUAUUUAGCUCUUUUUUUUUUUUUUUUUUUUUUCCCCAAUCCAAAUCGUUUGGUAAAUGUCAUUACAUUUGUUGAACUAAUAAAAUAUUUUCUUAUUUA